GGGGGGGGGGGGGGGGGCGUUCCUUCUCAGGUAAGACCAGGCAAGUUACUUCCUUAUUGAUUCAGAUUGAAGUCUCUUCGUGAUGAAGGUCGGGUCGUCUUCCUCCAGAGUCCUGCUGCUGCUGAUCCUCUCAGCUGCAGGAAGUGAUGCGCAGAUCGAUGUCUGCGGCAGCGCGCCGCUCGGCUCCAGCCGCGGCUCUCGGAUCGUGGGCGGUCAGGACGCUGCGGCCGGCGCUUGGCCCUGGCAGGUCAGUCUGCACCAGGACAUCCAUAUCUGCGGUGGCUCCCUGAUCAGCCGUCAGUGGGUCUUGAGCGCCGCCCACUGCUUCCAAAGCACCGUCGCCUCGAACCUGAUCGUUUACCUCGGACGGCUCACCCAGCAGUCCCCGAACCCCAACGAGGAAUCUCGCAGGGUGAGCCGUGUCAUCACGCACCCGGACUACGACGAGGAGACCAAAGACAACGACGUGGCGCUGCUGCAGCUGCAGGAAGCCGUGACCUUCACCAACUACAUCCGGCCGGUCUGCCUGGCGGCGGCCGGCAACGUCUUCCCGGCCGGGCAGAGCAGCUGGAUCACCGGCUGGGGCGACGUCCGCUUCCAGAGCCCUCUGCCUUUCCCCCAGACGCUGCAGGAAGUGGAAAUCCCAGUGGUGUCGGAGUCCCAGUGCAGCGCCUCCCACGGCUCCAUCACCGGCAACAUGAUCUGCGCCGGGCUGGCCGAAGGAGGGAGGGACUCCUGCCAGGGGGACUCUGGCGGUCCGAUGGUCAGCAAUGACGGCACCAGGUGGGUCCAGUCUGGGAUUGUGAGCUUCGGGUUCGAGUGCGCCCGGCCUGAUUACCCCGGGGUUUACGCCCGGGUGUCUCGGUACCAGAACUGGAUCAGUGAGCAAAUCGGCGCCGAUCCACUGGGCUUCAUCAUCUUCAGAGCCUCGCCGUCUGCAGCGCCGCACCAGGCCGCCGCGUCCGUCCUACCGGCCCUCUGCUGCCUGCUGGUCCUGUCCUGAUGGUUCUACUGGGUUCUGAAGGGUUCUGGUGGGUUAGUCUACAGAACCAGACAUGAAGUUAUUUUGUCUUUAAUCAGCUUUUGAUCACAAACUGAAUGAGAAUCUGACAAACAAAAUCUGACAAAAUCUAUAUUUCUGGUGAGGGUCAGUUAAUAAUAUUUACUAUUUGAUGCAAACCAAUAAUUCAAUCAGCAACAUUUUUUCUGUCAACUUCAAGUUGUAAAGAUAUGAAAAUAAAAGCACAACAAUGAAUAUAUUAACAGUUUGGAUGUUCAGUGAAUUUUAAUGUUUGACUUUAAUGAUCAGACUGAAUGUUCUGUGAAAUCUGAUUUUUAUCAUUCUAUGAAAACCUGUUUAAGUUAUGAAUAAAACUACAUCAAAAUAAUUUUUCCAUAAAAAAACAAACAAAUUAUAUUUUAACAAUCGACUUUGAAUGUUUUAUUUUUAGUUUAAAAAGCAACAAUGAAUAACUUAGUUUUGAAAAACAAAUGUUUAAUAAAUGAAAACAUAACUGCAGCUUUAAUCUGGAUCUUUUCUGAUCGAUCAGGAGCAAAAAGUGGAUUAAUUUCUGAGCAUUAAUGUGAAAGUUUGCACUGAUUUAAAUAUGUUAAUCCUGCAUCUGUUGGUUCGUUCUUCUGUUUUAUGAUUAGUUUGUAUUGAAUUCUCCCUGUGAAUUAAUGUGACAUUCAGGAGAAAAGUUCAUGUUUACAUCCAGAAAAUAUGAAGACAAAUAAAACAGAAAAUGUUCUGACUACUAAAA